UGCAGUUGUGUGCGGAGCCAAGACGGUGAGGUUGAUUUUCUGAGUAGUUUUACCUGAUUGAAUCUUUUCAAUGGUCGUUAUGAGUGAGAUAUAGCAGGAUAGAUGUCUGCAGGCCCGAAAGACGUCGAUGAAUGCAAAGAAGAGGUAUUCUCUGAUAUUUCUUGCUGGGAUUGUUGGCUGUUGUAUCUUCGUGGCAUUCAGAAUCAUCACAGAGUCCAGCUCGCGUUCUUCAAAUGUCAACGCGCGACAACCCCCGUAUUUAGAUCUUUACAAGCCGUCUUUUAUCAAUGUUUAUGAUGAAUAUAGACUGGAUAAUGUUUCUUCGACGAUCCAGCGUCCAUGGACUGGAAAUUCUGAAAGAACUAACUCGAAAUCAUGUUCWAUGGAAGAUUGUUUUGACAAAGCCCGGUGUCUUCACAGCUUCAAAGUUUACGUGUAUCCCAUCCAGCCGGGGCAAAAACUCUGCCCCGUAUUUGCAAAGAUCUUAAAAGUUUUAAAAGAGAGUAGUUUUUAUACAGACGAUCCUAAGCAAGCAUGCUUACUUGUGCCAAGCGUGGACUUAUUAGAUAGAGACAGAUUGAGUUCUGAUUACGUUCACGAUGUGAGCAGCAAAAUUCGAAAUCUACCAUUCUGGAAUUCGGGUCGAAAUCACAUCAUUUUUAAUUUAUUUUCUGGUACAUGGCCUCAUUACUCUGAACAUUUGGGGUUUGACUACGAAAAUGCAAUCUUAGCAAAAGCCUCUAUGUCUACCGAUCUUCUCAGACCGCAAUUUGAUAUCAGUCUUCCUUUAUUUCCAAAGACGCAUCCACAAAAAGAUGGCGUGAACUUACCUCAUUCUAAACUCAUUUUCCCUCUCGAGCGGAGGUAUAAAUUAGCCUUUAAAGGAAAGCGGUAUCUACAUGGUAUAGGUAGUGCGACUAGAAAUGCACUAUAUCACAUUCACAACGGCAAAGAUAUUAUUUUGCUAACGACAUGUAAGCAUGGCAAAGGAUGGGAGAAGCUGAAAGACGAGCGCUGCGAUAGAGACAACGCACUUUAUGAAAGGUAUUCCUAUGAAGAAUUACUGCACAAUUCCACAUUCUGCCUUGUGCCUCGAGGACGACGUCUCGGGUCUUUUCGCUUCCUAGAAGUUCUCCAAKUUGGGUGUAUUCCUGUCCUUUUAAGUGAUGGAUGGGAGUUACCUUUCUCAGAAAUAUUAGACUGGAAGAAAACUUUGAUAAAUGGCGAUGAACAACUUUUGAUGCAAAUUCCAGGAAUUGUAAGAUCUUACAGUAAGAGUCAAGUACUAGCCAUGAAGCAGCAGUCUUUGUUUUUAUGGAAUGCUUACUUUUCAUCCAUAGAAAAAAUUGUUUUAACAACAGUGGAGAUUAUCAGGUCGAGACUAUUAAAAUCCAAAGCCGCUAGUUAUGCAAUGUGGAACAACUAUCCAGGAGCACUCGUGACAUUGCCGUUUUAUUCAAGAGAUCUUCAGGACUUUCCUUUCUAUCAUGUCAAACAAGGCAUCAAAAGUUCUCGUUUCACAGCAGUAAUUUAUACAAAAUCUACAGGCAUAAAAGAAUCUUCCUCAUUAUACAAGCUUAUACAAAAUGUUGCCGAAUCGAAGAACGCUGCAAAGAUUUUAAUUCUAUGGAUGUCAGAUUCRCCGAUUCCUGAAAACAGAAGAUGGCCAUCUGUAAGGUUGCCAUUAAUGAUUGUCAGGCCAGAUGUAAAGAAUCCAAAUAGCAGGUUUUUACCAAGGUCUAUUAUAGAAACAGAUGCCAUUUUAUCACUGAAUGGAGAUGUAAAGUUGAAUGUUGAUGAGGUGGAUUUUGCUUUCAAUGUAUGGAAAGACUUUCCACAGAGAAUUGUGGGUUUUCAGUCUAGAGAUUAUUAUGAAAAGAAGCAUAACGGCAAGACACAAUGGAUGUACUCAUCWGUACAUAGUAAUGAGUUCUCAAUGGUGUUGACUACCAAUGCCUUYUACCAUAGAUAUUAUAACUUCCUCUACACCAAUCAUCUUUCAAAGAGAAUUCACAAAAUGGUUGAGCAUAAAGGAAUGUGUGAGCACCUUGCCAUGAACUUCCUGGUCGCCGACUCAAURCGACUCCCACCAAUCAAAAUCCUUCCUUCCAAAAACUACCACGAAGGAAUUGGGAAAAAUACCAAGCGUUCAAAAUUGCUGCARCACUUUGCCAGUUUACAAAAGUGCAUGGAUAUUUUAGUGGAUGUGUUCGGGUACAUGCCRUUGAUCAAGUCACAAGUCAGGCUGGAUCCACUGUUGUAUAAAGACCCUGUUUCRAAUUUACGUAAGAGAUACAGACUGCUGGAAUCUAAGUAGGGUUAUUUAAGAAUUAUUAAAAGGCAAAUGUUAUGGUGUGGUGCAAAAAUCAUGUGAAAGGUUUGUAGACUAAACUUAGACUAACUUGGUAAAUUGAGAAGUUUAGAAUCAAAGUCUCCUGCUUGAGAUGAAAUUGAAGAUAUAAAAUGUUUACCGCUAGUUCCCUCUAUAUAAAAUGCAGCUAAUGCUCUGCCAGUAUCCUUUACAAGCUUUUGCCUAUGGUUUUKAAGAUAUAGAUACAUCAUAUUAUAAGCAAACACUACUGUUAGUACAUGUAACACUUUGUUUUCCUCUUAUGCUCUUUAAAAAGAGAUACAGUAUUAGGAAAAUUUACAUUUGACAAUGAGUACGAGUAUAAGAUUUAGUAUGAGUACAAGUUUUAAAAAUGGACUUCAGUGAGUCCAAUAUAAUGUUGAUACUCGAUUUUAGUUGAAUUCUUGUUUUUGUCUUCCGCGUUUCCCUCUAUUUACAAAAAUACAAUCCAUGAUUAUUAACAGAUGGAUCUUGUAUUUUUUGAUAAAUCUAAAGCUCCCUAUUAUAAGAUUUGAGCAGAGGAAUAUUAAUUUUCCACAAUGAACAAUCUAUAACUCGGCCACAAUAAUGCUGUGUGACUAUGUCAUGACUCUUUAAUCUCAUUGACAGACUUUUAGUGAUUGCAUGUAAGGUUGAUAGAUUUAUUAUUUGACAUAACUGGACUGUAAUAUAAAAUGAAGAGUAUUUUUAAAGCAAAUUGUAUAUUUUUAUAUCAGAUAGUAGGAUUAUAGCCGUGUAAAAUGGUGGGUUUAAAUUCAAGCGAUGCAGAUGUAGAAGCUUCUAGGCUUGUAUAUAUCUCUAGCUUUGACUUUAUGGCCACCAUUUUUGACAAAAAGUAUCGUAGCAUCAGAAGAAGUUUAGGUUUCUAUGAAAGAGUUUCCAUUCCAUAAUCAUUCACAAUUUUCUUUCUGUGUGGCUUUCAUGCAUUGCACAAAAUGAGAUCACAGUUUUUAUACAUUGAAAWGAACUGUCUAUUAAAGACAGGGAUUUCCAAAGAUGUUUUUACCAGUGAUUUACAUAGUGGACAUGAAUAUCCUCUAGCUGUGUUCGUACUCCUUGGGUUUCCUUUGUAAUGAGUUAACACAGGAAACCCAAUAUCAGAGACAGUCUCUCUCCAAGCCUCCCCUGCAGACAACACAGAAAAUCCAAGGGUAAAGUGAAACUGCAGAGGAGGGAUAGACCAAGAGUAGAACUUUGUGUAAAUACAAGUUAGAAUAAUUAUCAUAUAGAAAUAGAAAAAAACCUUUUAUACGAUAGUCUAUUAUUAUAUUGUAAUAAAUAUUAAUUUGAAAAGCAAUAAAAAGCAAUUUCAUGGAA